AUGCCAGGUCGAGUGGUCGAACAGCCCAAGAAGCGGGUUCUUACGGACACCACCAACACUCACAAUGUCCUGAAAUCCCCGCCCUCUGCAAAGAAGAGGAAACUCAACGACAAUGGUCCAAAUGUCAGUUUCCAUUCCUCUCAGGCCGGUCCCAAUGGCGUCCAAUCGAAAUUGGGCUCUAGCCAGCCCAAGAGCCAGUUUGAAACGGAAGUACUGGAGAAGAUGACCCAGGAUAUUGCAGGCUUGAGGGAAAACAAUUCAGAGAAGGAUCAACAAUGGGAAAGACCAAGUUUGGAUGACUUUGACGCUCAGAGGGAUGCCCUCCGAUUUCAGCAGAUUGAAAUUGAAGAAGGCACACUGCAUGGUGGAAGGGUCACGCUGAAGAUGUUUGGUGUUUCCGAGACUGGACACUCUAUCCUCCUUCAUGUGACCGACUUCCUUCAUUACCUUUACGUUGCAGCUCCCGUCAGCUUCCAGAGGCAAGAUGUUGAAGGCUACAAGGCAUAUCUCGAAACUCAACUGGCCCAACACCAACCCGCCGUCCACUCUGUGCAAAUGAUGCUUCGUGAAAACCUGUUUGGAUUCCAGGGCAAUCAGAAGAGUCCAUACCUGAAGAUCACAGUUACAGACCCCAAAUUCAUGAACAGGCUGCGGACGUCAAUAGAAGACGGCCAUGCGAACUACAAAGGGAUGUGGAAAGGCGUGGAAAGCAAGAUUUUGACCUUUGACAACAUACAAUAUGUUCUACGUUUUAUGAUUGACACCGGAAUUACGGGAAUGUCUUGGGUCGAGGUGCCUGCAGGGAAGUAUCACGUGAUGGCGCAACAUAACCGCCAAUCCAAUUGUCAGAUCGAAGCAUAUUGCCAUUACCGGGAUCUGAUCGCACAUGGACACGACGGGGAAUGGGCCAAAAUGGCACCUCUUCGGAUUUUAUCCUUCGACAUCGAAUGUGCGGGGCGAAAAGGAGUCUUUCCCGAACCUCAUCAGGAUCCAGUCAUUCAAAUCGCCAACGUCGUCACGAAGUACGGCGAAUCGAAGCCCUUUGUUCGCAAUGUUUUUGUCCUGGAUACCUGCAGUUUGAUCGUGAAUACACAAAUCUACGAACAUGACUCCGAAUCCAAAAUGCUGAUGGCUUGGAGAGAUUUCCUGGAGAAGGUGGAUCCAGAUGUCAUUAUCGGGUACAACAUUGCAAACUUCGACUUUCCAUACCUUCUCGACAGAGCGAAGCAUCUGAAGUUGACAAAGUUCCCAUACUGGUCGCGUCUCAAAAGUGUUGUUUCCCAGGCAAAGGACACCAACUUCUCCAGCAAACAGAUGGGGAACCGUGAUACGAAGGCCACCAACACGAAUGGUCGUAUUCAAUUGGAUUUGUUGCAACUCGUCCAGAGAGAUCAUCAUCUUCGAAGUUACACCCUGAACUCGGUCUGUGCUCACUUCUUAGGAGAGCAGAAGGAAGACGUGCACCAUACCAUGAUUACUGAAUUAUACAACGGUACGCCGGAUUCGAGACGACGUUUGGCUGUGUAUUGUCUGAAGGAUGCGUAUUUACCGCAACGACUCAUGGACAAGCUGAUGUGCCUGGUCAAUUACACUGAAAUGGCCAGGGUCACAGGCGUGCCUUUCAACUAUCUCCUGGCACGGGGUCAGCAAGUGAAAUUCAUCAGUCAACUUUUCCGAAAGGCAUUGGAGCAGCAAUUGGUCAUCCCGAAUCUCAGGAAUGAAGGUACCGAUGAGCAAUAUGAAGGUGCUACCGUCAUUGAGCCCAUCCGAGGUUACUACGAUGUGCCCGUCGCCACUUUGGAUUUUGCAUCUUUGUAUCCAUCCAUCAUUCAAGCUCAUAAUUUGUGCUACACAACCUUGCUGAACAAGAACAGCAUCGAGAAACUGAACCUGAAAAAGGAUGAAGACUAUAUUCUGACGCCAAACGGUGAUUUUUUCUGCACGGCCAAAGUUCGAAAGGGGUUACUUUCCCAGAUUCUGGAGGAACUGCUGAGCGCACGUAAGCGGGCCAAAAAGGAGCUCGCUAUUGAGAAAGACCCUUUCAGGAAGGCCGUGCUCAAUGGUCGUCAGCUAGCCUUGAAAGUGUCCGCAAACUCCGUCUACGGUAUCACGGGUGCGACCGUCGGAAAACUUCCCUGCCUCGCAAUCGCCUCCAGUACGACAGCAUAUGGUCGACAAAUGAUUGAAAAGACCAAGCAUGAGGUGGAGCAGAAGUAUACCAUCGCCAAUGGAUAUUCGCACGAUGCUCAAGUUAUCUAUGGUGACACAGAUUCGGUCAUGGUCAAGUUCGGAGAGAAGGACUUGAAGAAAACCAUGGAACUCGGGCAAGAAGCCGCCAACUAUGUGUCUGGAAAAUUCAUCAAACCCAUCAAGCUGGAAUUCGAGAAAGUUUACUUCCCUUACCUGCUCAUCAAUAAGAAACGAUAUGCCGGCCUGUAUUGGACGAAUCCGGAAAAGCACGACAAGAUGGACAGUAAAGGUAUUGAAACCGUCCGCCGGGAUAACUGUCGUCUUGUCCAGAUUGUGAUCGAGACCGUCUUGAAAAAAAUCUUGAUCGAUCGCGAUCUAGACGGAGCGCAAGAUUACGUCAAGGAGACAAUUGCGAACCUACUCCAAAAUAAGAUUGAUCUCAGCAUGCUCGUGAUCACCAAAGCACUGAGCAAAAACGACUACACGGCCAAACAAGCACACGUGGAGCUCGCGGAACGCAUGAAGAAACGGGAUGCCGGUUCUGCACCAGCUCUAGGAGACCGCGUCGCAUAUGUCAUCGUCAAGGGAGCUGGAGGAAGUAAAAACUAUGAAAAAUCCGAGGAUCCAAUCUACGUGUUAGAAAACAACGUCCCCAUUGACACGAAAUAUUACCUUGACAACCAAUUAGCCAAUCCUCUCGGGCGAAUCUUUGAACCCAUCCUAGGUGAACGACGUGCCAACUCCCUCCUCGCGGGCGAUCAUACACGUUCCAUCUCCGUCGCGGCCCCGACACUGGGUGGACUGAUGAAAUUCGCCAAAAAAACACAGACUUGCAUGGGCUGCAAGAAACCGCUCAUCGGGGCCGAGGAGUCCAAAGGCGCCGUUUGUGAGAACUGCCGACCUCGCAUCGGCGAACUGUACACAAAGCAAGUCAACAAGGUCGGCGAGCUCGAGGUCCGUUUCAGUCGGCUGUGGACUCAGUGUCAGCGAUGUCAAGGCAGUAUGCACUCCGAGGUUCUGUGCAGUUCGCGUGAUUGCCCGAUCUUCUAUAUGCGCAUGAAGGCGAGGAAGGAGGUCGAAGAGGGAUCUCGUGAGUUGGCUCGGUUCGAUCACGAUGUCGGUGCGAUCUGGUAA